AUGCGCGCAAUUGAUAUUAAGAACGGCUCUGGUCCUGCGGAAUCAUUGUUUAUUAAUGAGAAUGUCGAUACUCCAAUUUUGAAGAAUGGAGACAUCCUUAUACGGGUCAAGGCCUUCGGGUUAAACAGGAUGGAUCUAUUGCAGAGAGAGGGAAAGUACGCAGUACCACCCCAGGCACCAAAAACACUCGGUGUUGAGUUCUCGGGCAUCGUGGAAAAAUUGGGCAAUGGUACUACUGGCUUCAAGGAGGGCGAGAAGGUUUUUGGCCUAGCUUAUGGAGGAGCAUAUGCAGAAUUCAUUGCCGUCUCAGAGAAAAUGUGUAUGCACAUGCCUGACGAACUAUCCUACGAGCAAGCAGCAGGAAUUCCAGAAACAUGGAUAACAGCCACCCAAGCUCUUUGGACCAUCGGCUCCUUCAAAUCUGGCCAGAGAGUGCUCAUUCACGCAGGUGCUUCUGGUGUCGGAAUUGCUGCUAUUCAGCUUGCCCUUUCUCAUGGUGCCUCGGCCGUCUUCAUAACUGCUGGUUCUAAUGAGAAGAUUGAAUUCUGCACGAAGACCCUUGGUGCCACAGCAGGCUUCAACUACAAGACUCAGGACUUUGCUGCAGAGAUUUUAAAGGCAACUGAUUAUGAGGGCGUCGAUGUUGUCAUUGACUUUGUUGGUCAAUCUCACUUCCAGAAGAAUGUCAAGGUCGCGGCAAAGGACGGAAGAAUUGUUCUUCUUGCGUUGCUCUCAGGGAAUAUGGUGAAAGAGUUUGACUUGGGACCGAUCUUGUAUAAGAGACUGCGGAUCGAGGGAUCAACGUUGAGGAGUAGAUUGCCGGAAUACCAGGAGGCUUUGAAGAACAAGUUCCAGGAGGAAGGGCUGCCUGGCUUGACGAGCGGAAAGUACAAGCUUUUUAUUGAUAAGACGUACAAUUGGAAGAAUAUUGCUGAAGCGCACAAACAUAUGGAAAGCAACAAGACGCAAGGGAAGAUUAUCUGUACAGUUGAUUAA